AUGGGUGCCGCGUGGGCGCUGCGCGCGGCGCUGCUCUGCGGCGCGCUCAGCCUGUGCGCCGUGCGCGCCGCUCCGCGCGCGCAGCCCGACACGCUCUACGUGUGGGUCGGGGCGCCGCAGGCGCGGCUGCUCAUCGGCUUCGAGGAGGACAUCCUGAUCGUGUCCGAGGGCAGGAUGGCCCCCUUCACGCACGACUUCAGGAAGGCGCAGCAGAGGAUGCCCGCCAUCCCCGUGAGCAUCCCRGCCAUGAAUUUCACCUGGCUGGCGACGGGACGGGCUGAGUACUUCUAUGAGUUCCUGUCCUUGCGCUCUUUGGAUAAAGGUAUAAUGGCUGAUCCGACUAUAAAUAUCCCUCUGCUUGGAACAGUUCCUCACAAAGCAUCAGUCGUUCAGGUUGGGUUUCCUUGCCUUGGAAAGCAGGACGGAGUUGCUGCGUUUGAGGUUAACGUGAUCAUAAUGAACUCAGAAGGCAACAUAAUUCUGCAGACACCGCAGAAUGCCAUCUUCUUCAAAACCUGUCAGCAAGCGGAAUGUCCGGGAGGAUGCAGAAAUGGAGGAUUUUGCAAUGAAAGACAUGUCUGUGAAUGUCCAGAUGGAUUUUAUGGACCCCACUGUGAGAAAGCUCUGUGUGCUCCUCGCUGCAUGAAUGGGGGGCUCUGCAUUACGCCCGGCUUGUGCAUCUGCCCACCUGGAUUCUACGGCAUCAACUGCGACAAAGCAAACUGUACAACAACCUGUUUCAAUGGAGGAACGUGUUUCUAUCUCGGAAAAUGCAUUUGUCCUUCAGGAUUUGAAGGAGACCAAUGUGAAAUCAGUAAAUGCCAUCAGCCCUGUCGAAAUGGAGGUAAAUGUACUGGUAAGAAUAAAUGCAAGUGCUCCAAAGGCUACCAGGGAGACCUUUGUUCCAAGCCUGUCUGCGAGCCGGGCUGCGGGUCGUUCGGCACCUGCACGGAGCCUAACAAAUGCCAGUGCAAAGAAGGCUGGCACGGGAGACACUGCAAUAAAAGGUACGGAGGCGGCGCGGCGAGCGCCGUGCGGCCGGCCGGGCCGCGGCACCGGCAGCUCACGCCUUCCCCGAAACGCGSCGAGGAGAGGCACCCGCCGCCCGAAUCCAACUACAUCUGGUAG